UAAACGGAAAUUUUCCGCGCGUUCGUCGGUGAAAGUUCACAAAUUAAAGAAGAGUGGCGGGAGCUGCUGUAAGACAGGGUCUGUUGUGAAGAAGUACCACUGUUAGGCGUUUAUAAGUUGGUUAGAAACGCGGCGGUCACUGAUAGCUGGUCCUGGCAGAUUUCACAGAGAGGUCGCUUCUACACCUGGGCAUGAAUUCCAAACGGCACAAUGGUGGCCAUCUCAUGGGUGGUGCGUCACAUGCCAAAAAGGGUAAAGCAUCGGGUGAAUGGGAGGACAGUCCCUCACAGUUUGAAGAGGAGUUGUCCAUGUUUGAAGAAGCAGAGAUGGAUGCAGAGGAGAUGGAGGGGCAGGCAGGACAUGAUGUUAUCCCAGUAGGUGACCUUUUCUCAGCAGACCUGAACCCUCGCUGGCGACGCCCUCUUGCCCCGACACUGGACCCAUCAUCUAAUACUCUGGUGUUCCAGCAGAUUGAUCUGGACUACUAUCUGGGGGAAACGGUAGCUGACAUGCCUGGUCAGUCACAAGGAAAAGUGCCAAUCAUUCGAAUGUUUGGUGUAACAGACAAUGGCAACAGCGUGUGCUGCCAUGUCCAUGGUUUUGCCCCUUACUUCUAUGUUCCUGCUCCAAAUGGGUUCACAUCUGCUCACCUGGUAGAAUUCAAAAAGGAGUUGAACUCUGCUGUCCUGAAGGACAUGCGCUCCAAUAAGGACAAUAUCUCUGUCACAGUGUUGGCUGUGGACAUCACCCGCAAAGAGAGCAUGUAUGGUUACCAUGGGAAACGCAGUAUGGAUUUCUUGCGGAUAACCAUGGCGAUGCCUCGUCUCAUCGCCCCAGCAAAGAGACUGCUGGAACAGGGCUUUAAGUUUGCACAUUUUCCUAUCCAGAAUUACCAGUCCUACGAGGCAAACAUAGACUUUGAAAUCAGGUUUAUGGUGGACAGUGACGUGGUGGGUUGCUGUUGGAUUGAACUCCCAAAAGGCACGUACAGAGUGCGUGAGGAGAAGAGCAUAGACAACACGAAUUCUCAGUCAUCAGGAAAGGUCUCAUUGUGUCAGUAUGAGGUGGAUGUAGGAUGGACAGAUCUGAUAAGUCACCCAGCAGAGGGAGAGUGGCAGAAGAUUGCACCACUCAGAGUCCUCAGCUUUGACAUAGAGUGUGCAGGAAGAAAAGGAAUCUUUCCAGAGCCAGACAAAGAUCCUGUGAUUCAAAUUGCAUCUAUGGUGCAGCGGCAGGGUGAGAUGGAGCCCUUCAUUCGCACAGUAUUCACCCUGCAGUCCUGUGCCAGCAUUGUUGGCUCUCAGAUAUUCUGCUUUACACAAGAGAAAAAGCUACUGCAGAGCUGGGCUGAGUUUUUAAGGACUGUGGAUCCAGACAUUAUUACUGGCUACAACAUCCAAAACUUUGACUUUCCCUACUUGCUCAACAGGGCAGCUGCUUUGAAGGUUGAUUAUUUUCCCUACUUGGGCCGAGUGCGAAACAGCAGAUCAGUUUUGAAAGACUCAAAUUUUCAGAGCAAGCAGAUGGGCCGCAGAGAGAACAAAACCAUUAACAUGGAGGGCCGAGUUCAGUUUGACCUGCUGCAGGUUCUUCUCAGGGAUUAUAAAUUGCGCUCUUAUACACUGAAUGCUGUGAGUUUCCAUUUUUUGCAAGAGCAGAAGGAGGAUGUGCAGCACUCAAUCAUCACUGAUUUGCAGAAUGGAAAUGAACAGACGCGUCGUCGUUUGGCAGUCUACUGUCUGAAAGAUGCCUAUCUGCCCCUGCGCCUGCUACAGAAGCUGAUGUGUGUGAUUAACUACAUGGAGAUGGCCAGAGUGACAGGUGUGCCUCUCACCUAUCUGCUCUCAAGAGGACAGCAGAUCAAAGUUGUUUCUCAGCUGCUGCGACAGGCUAUGAAACAGGAUCUGGUAAUGCCCGUUAUAAAGACAGAAGGAGGAGAAGACUACACUGGAGCCACUGUCAUUGAGCCAGAGAAAGGAUAUUACAGCCUUCCCAUUGCCACCCUGGAUUUCUCCUCCUUGUAUCCAUCCAUCAUGAUGGCUCAUAAUCUGUGCUACACCACCCUGCUGCAGAAGGGCUCAGUGGAGAAACUGGGUCUGGCACCACAGGACUUCAUCAAGACUCCAACAGGUGAUCUUUUUGUGAAGAGUUCUGUAAGAAAAGGACUUCUUCCAGAGAUCCUGGAAAACCUGCUGUCUGCCCGAAAGAGGGCCAAGGCAGAACUAAAAAAGGAAACUGACCCCUUCAAGAAGCAAGUGCUGGACGGCCGACAGCUGGCCCUCAAAAUCAGUGCAAACUCUGUGUAUGGCUUCACGGGGGCCCAAGUGGGCAAACUGCCCUGCCUAGAGAUCUCACAGAGUGUCACUGGUUUUGGAAGACAGAUGAUUGAGCAAACCAAGCAGCUGGUGGAGUCUAAAUACACAAUUUCCAAUGGGUACCAGGCUGAUGCCAAGGUAAUUUAUGGAGACACAGACUCUGUCAUGGUAAAGCUUGGUGUUGCAACAGUAAGGGAGGCCAUGGAUAUCGGGAGAGAGGCAGCCGAGUGGGUGUCAUCCCAUUUCACACCACCCAUCAAACUGGAGUUUGAGAAGGUGUACUUCCCAUAUCUGCUGAUCAAUAAGAAGCGCUAUGCAGGCCUGUAUUUCUCCUCCAGCGCAGACACACAUGACAAGAUGGACUGCAAAGGAAUUGAGACUGUCCGCAGAGACAACUGCCCUCUGGUGGCUAACCUCAUUAACACCUGUCUGCAGAAAAUCCUCAUAGACAGGGAUCCCCAAGGAGCUGUGGAACACGCCAAAGAAGUGAUCUCAGACCUGCUCUGCAAUCGCAUCGACAUCAGCCAGCUGGUGAUCACCAAGGAAUUAACACGCACUGCCCAGGAGUACGCUGGCAAGCAGGCGCAUGUGGAGCUGGCAGAGAGGAUGAGGAAAAGGGAUGCAGGUAGCGCCCCCAACCUGGGAGACCGAGUCCCGUAUGUCAUCAUCAAGGCUGCUAAGGGAGCAGCAGCGUACAUGAAAUCAGAGGACCCAAUCUACGUGCUGGAGAACAACAUUCCCAUUGACACACAAUACUAUCUGGAACAGCAGCUGUCCAAACCUCUGCUGAGAAUAUUUGAGCCCAUCCUGGGAGAGAGCAAAGCAGAGAGCAUCCUGCUCAAGGGCGACCACACACGCUGCAAGACCGUGUUGACGUCGAAGGUGGGGGGCCUCAUGGCGUUUGCUCAGAAGAGAAGCACCUGCAUUGGCUGCAAAGCUGUGCUCAAGACAGACGCGGCUGUGUGUGAUUUCUGCAAGAAGAAGGAGUCUGAGCUGUACCAAAAGGAGAUCUUUCACCUGAACACGCUGGAGGAGCGUUUCUCUCGCCUGUGGACUCAGUGUCAGCGCUGUCAAGGCUCCCUCCAUGAGGAUGUGCUCUGUACCAGCCGGGAUUGUCCCAUCUUCUACAUGAGGAAAAAGGUUCAGAAAGAUCUGGACGACCAGAGCAAGCUGGUGUCUCGUUUCGGAUGGUGA